AUGGAGAAGUUGCAGUGCUUAUCAGAGGAAGGGGAGCUUUCUCCGGCGGCAAGAAGGCUUUCGCUGAAAGUCCAUUUUAUUGCUACAUUUUUCCAGAUCCCCCCCGGCAGGGUUGCUGCUCUGACAUGGAUGUUUUCGCGAAAUUAUCGCAUCCGUGCAGGGCAUGGUCAUGGCAAGUUCAACGGUGCCUUUUCCGCGGACGGCAAGUUGCUGUGUUGUUUCUGGCUGUUUGCGGAAGACGUUCCCGGCCUUAGUCUUUGGGACAUGCUUCGCGGCGGGCUUCUGGAGAUGCCAUUCAGAUUUGGAUUGACUUCUAUGCGCCGACUGCUUGCUGUCGCGAAAUGGACAGAUGCAGCUUUGGACCGGUUGAAGCAGGAACACUCGAAGCACCUCUUGCUGGAACGCAUGGUGGUGUUGCCGGACUACCAGGGCAGCGGAGUCGGCACUGCUGCACUAAGCUUGGCCUUGAAGGAAGCAGACACAUGUGGUCGAGCAGCACGCAGAUUGUCUGUGCUCCUUGCUUGUUACGUCCUGAGCCUCCUGAUCUUCACCGUGCUGGGCUUGGGGGUCGAAAACCUGGGCGUCAUGCUGCCCGGGCGCUACCUGGUCGCCGGCGGCCACUCGGCCAACGAGAACGCCAGCCCGCUGCUGGCGCGCAUGGAGCGCAAGAGGGCCGUGUGGGUGAGCGAAGUUCCGCACCACACCCACUUGAACGAAGAUUUUGUGAAGCCGUUCUGCGAGCAGGGCGGCGCUCCCGUGCCGGCAGGCCUAUGUAUCCUGGGAUGUCAGUGUCCAGCUUCCCUCACAGGGUCUCGCAAGGGCAAAUAG